CCCAUCUUGGGGUUCGUCAGCUCAGACUUCAGGGUUGUACACUCAGAGUUUGUUAAACCUGCUCUCUGGAAUAGACCCCUGUAGUGACAUCGAGACACGGCUUGUGGGAGGAGUCGCACAAGGGAGGUGUUUGCCUGAAGCGCUCAAGGCUUUCUGAUGGAGUGCCAGAGUGCCCAUCCCUAAUCCCAUCUCUGGUCUUAACCUCUGUGCCUGACUGAACGCACUUGAGUCAAACUUCGCGCAGAGAGGAGGAACGUGGAGCUGCAGCUGCUUUUGCCCAGACUCCAGUAAGAAUUAAAUUCUUUUCCACGAGCAUUGAGACGUUUGGGUUUUUUCCUUCGGUCUUGCACCUUCUGGUUGGUUUUGUAAUGGAGCGCUGGAGAGGCAGAGUGGCUCUGGUGACGGGGGCCUCGGUUGGGAUCGGGGCGGCUGUCGCCAAGGAUCUGGUUCAGCAUGGCAUGAAGGUGAUUGGCUGUGCCAGGGACGUCCAGAAAGUACAGAAACUGGCAGCUGAGUGUCAAAGCGCAGGCUAUAGUGGUGCUCUGGUUCCUUUCAAGUGUGACCUGGCCAAUGAAGAGGAGAUCCUGUCCAUGUUCUCCACCAUCAGAGCCCAGCACCAGGGAGUGGACGUCUGCAUCAACAACGCUGGCUUGGCUCAUUCAGAGCUACUGUUGACAGGCAAAACCAGUGGCUGGAGGAAUAUGAUUGAUGUGAAUGUCAUUGCGUUGUCUAUAUGCACACGUGAGGCCUAUCAGUCAAUGAAAGAGAGAAAUGUUGAUGAUGGGCACAUCAUAAAUAUAAACAGCAUUUCUGGACAUCGCGUCAUUAACUAUGCUGAUUUCCAUUUCUACUCUGCCACAAAGUUUGCUGUGACCGCCCUGACAGAGGGCCUUCACCAAGAGCUGUGUGAGGCUGGGACCCAUAUAAGAGCCUCAUGUAUAUCUCCAGGUUUGGUGGAGACAGAUUUUUUUUCUCGUCUCUAUCCCAACAACAAUGAGAGGGCCGCCUCAGUAUUUACUCGUUUCAAGUGUUUGGAAGCCAAAGACAUUGCAGAGGCUGUCAGAUAUGUCCUAAGUGCACCUCCUCAUGUGCGGAUUGGAGACAUUCAAAUACAAAGUGUGGAGCAGGUGGUGUAGAAUUCCAGCACAUGGUGGGAAAUUAUUGGAUUAGUGCAUUUUUGGAUGCUGGAUUUAUUAGUGAUGCUAAUAAUUAUGAUCAUGAUCAAAGAAGAGAUCACAUUUGGC